ACAAGCUGCUACCAGGAAAGGCUUUAAGAAAUAGCAAAUGCAAGAAGCAAACAUGGCAAGACACUGCUUUUGACUUAUUACCUACAAUCAUUAACUUGAAGUUCCAGCUGUAUCGUUAUUCCUGGAAACCACUCUGCUGCUACUUCUAGCUUCACUGGAGAAACACGUUCUGCCAGAUCCAUGAUGACAGGAAAGAGAAGACCAAAAAUGCGUGGUUCGUUUAUCCAACCCAGUGAGGCGACAGAAGUCUUGAAACUGAAAAGAGAGAUUGGACUCACCAGUGCUGUGUCAUUAAUUGCCGGAACCAUGAUUGGUUCGGGGAUUUUUAUGUCUCCCGAGUUCGUACUGCGUAACAUUGGUAGCCCUGGGGGAAGUCUCAUUAUAUGGACAGCCUGUGGCUUGCUGGCUACUUUCGGGUCAUUGUCAUAUGCUGAACUGGGAACAUUAAUUAAAGAGUCUGGUGGUGACUAUAUCUACAUUCUGAGGAUCUUUGGCUCUUUUCCUGCUUUUCUUUACAUAUUCAUCUCCGUCAUUGUGGCGAGGCCUGCCAGUGUGGCAGCUAUCUCUUUGAGUUUUGCUGAAUAUGCUGUCGCCCCCUUUUAUCCAGGCUGCUCUUCACCUCCGCUGGCAGUCAAAUGCACAGCUAUUGCCUGCAUCCUUCUUCUAGCUUUGGUCAAUUGUCUCAGUGUGAAGCUGUCUACCUCUAUUAUGAACAUAUUCACAGCUGCCAAACUGUUGGCCAUGCUGAUCAUCAUAGUGGGUGGAAUCCAGUUGCUUGUCCAGGGCCACACUCAGAGUUUUCAGAAUGCCUUUCAGGGCACUAAAACAGGGGCUGGGUUCAUUGGAAUUGCAUUUUAUCAAGGGCUUUGGUCUUUCGACGGAUGGAACAACCUGAAUUCUGUGACUGAGGAAGUUAAGAAGCCUGAAGUGAACCUGCCAAGGGCAAUGAUGAUUGCUAUUCCCCUGGUUACCUUCUUCUACUUGUUGGUGAACGUGAGCUAUUUUGCGGCUAUGUCUCCUGCUGAGCUUCUUUCUUCAAGUGGUGUGGCCAUUACUUGGGGAAACAAGGUCCUAGGCAGCUGGGUAUGGCUGAUGUCAUUAUCAGUGGCACUUUCAACAUUUGGAUCAGCAAACGGAACAUUCUUCAGCGGAAGCCGUGUGUGCUACAUUGGCGCAAGGGAAGGCCACAUGCCAGACAUUCUAUCUAUGGCUCAUGUAAGAUGCCUCACACCAUCUCCUGCACUCAUAUUUACUUCGAUUAUGUCAUCCAUUAUGGUUAUACCUGGGAAUUUCAGUCAGAUAGUGAACCUUCUCGGUUUUACAGCUUGGCUUUUCUAUGGGACAACAGUUUCCGGUCUCCUGUAUUUAAAGAUCAAGAAACCUGAAAUGCCCAGAUCUUAUAAGGUACCAAUCAUCAUACCUGUCAUUUUUCUGUUGGCAUCUGCAUACCUGGUUCUGGCGCCCAUCAUUGACCAGCCCCAGAUGGAAUUCCUCUAUGUCAUCCUCUUCAUUCUCGGUGGUGCCAUCUUUUAUUUCCCCUUCGUUCGCUACAAGUACCAUCCUACUUGCUUGCAAAAAUUGACUUUGCACCUGCAACUGCUCCUGGAUGUUGCCCCAACGGAAAAGAACAUGGACUAAUUUAAUGCGCAUCCAGUUGCUUGGAGAGAACUGUCCAUUAUCUUUAACUGUUGAGGGAUAUAAUUUUUCAGAGGGAACAAUGGAUGCCUUUAGCAUUUUUUUCCUGCUGCAAGAAAGUCUUUAAAAAUCAGAUUGUUUUACAAGACUAUUCAUAACUCAGGAUUUAU